AAUAUAAUGAUAUCUUAUUCAUAAAUUGAUAAUCGGAAAUUACCACACUCCUUUUUAGUGUAUGUGAUAUUGUUUUGUAUUGUUUAAUACUAAUAUUUGUUAAAAUGUAUUUAAAACUUCUAAUCUUGUUAUUUUGUGCUCUUAUUGGGAAAACUGUCGGUUCGUUCAGAUGCUAUGCCUGCAGUUUUAAUUCCAUGGAUACCGACCAGUCCUGCCUGACCAUAACCAACACCACUCAUCAUGUGGAAUGCCCAUACACGUAUUGCACCAUAUUGAGACAGGAGUUGAACGACCCUCCAGGAGUGGUAGCUAGUUUCGUUAGGGGUUGUGAAGACGAUCCAGCGUACCUCAAUCACGAGGUGUCUGACUGGACCUAUCGCACUUACUAUAGAGCUUGCACAAACAGUCUUUGUAACGUUGGUGAUGGGAUCCAAUCAGUGGUAGGAGGUAAUUUGUCCCCCACACCGCAGUUUGAGGGUGCCAACUUACUGGUUCCGGGUACUGGAGGAGCAGCAUCGUUGCAUGGACUCACAAAUAAUUUGAUACUACUAUUUAUCUGUAAUUUUGUCUUGCGGUGUAGUAUUAUAGAAUAAAUAGAACGAAGAGGAAACGAGGGAUUUCAGUCUGCGAAAGAUGAAAUCAGUAAAGGCAACAAAGAUUUUAUUAAUAUGACUGACAAUAUUUCGAUUAUAAGUUUAGUAUAUAUGUUCAUGAUUUAACUAACGUAAGACCCUAUAUGUACGUUAAUGCGUAAUAUUGACAAAUCUUCACUGAACUAAUCCAUCGCAGGCAGAUUGUUUUCUAUUUGAAUGAGAUAUUUGUAAUUGUUUAAUUUCAAUUUUAUUAUUUUUGCUGAUCUAUAUUUAAUUUAAAUAGGUACAUAACUAUGUACCGAUUUUUUUUCAAAUGUUAUUCCCAUAAUUUAGAAAGGGCGCGAGGGUCCGAAUAUUCCAAUCCUUCAUUCUCGUAUAAUAUUCCUACAAUGUCAUUUGAAAAUCGUGUUAAGAUGGAUGACGUAAAGUUUUAGUUACUUUUGAAUUUCGCGUAAUUUUUCAUGAGAAUAGCGGAAAUUGCGACCGAUGAGUGUGAUUGGAUAAUUUGGCAAACUUAUUCUAUUUAAUUAUUUUGCGUAUAGGAUUUGACUUGUAAUGAAGUAUUGUAUAUUUAAAUAUUUUAGGUGCCUAUGUAUAUAAAUAAAUUACUUUGCUAGAG